GGCAGAGGCAGGGCACUUGGCUCUUUCUCCCCCUCUUUUACUGCCUCCUAUUCAAAUUUGGGUCAGGGGUGAGGAUUUCUCACGUCACACAAGCAAGAUGGCGCUCGGAAAGCUGUGAGAUGUGAACAGAGGAUGGCUGUUUAAAGACAUUCAGUCGAUGUAUUAAGGUUUCAUAGGUGAAGACACAGAAGUUGGAAAUGGAAUUGCCAAAUCAUGCCAAACAAUUGCUGCUGCAGCUAAACCAACAAAGAGCCAAAGGUUAUCUGUGUGAUGUGAUCAUAGUGGUAGAAAACGCCCUGUUUCGGGCACACAAGAACAUUCUGGCAGCCAGCAGUAUCUACUUCAAAUCCCUCAUCCUUCACGACAACUUGAUUAACCUUGACACGGACAUGGUCAACCCGUCGGUUUUCCGACAGGUCCUAGACUUCAUUUACACUGGCAAGCUUUUGUCCUCGGAUCAGUUCAGUGACCACAAUUUCAAUGCCCUGUUAACGGCGGCAAGCUACCUCCAGCUUCAUGACCUGGCUGCUCUCUGCAGAAAGAAGCUCAAACGCAAUGGUAGGUCCCUCCUCAACAAACCCACCACACCUACCAACGGUAGAACUUCUAGGAACCAAAGGCUGUCCUCCACACCCGUAACUCCAAACCAAAUGUCAGGGUUAAAAGACUGCGAGAAGGCCAAGAGACACGACGAUCUGCUCAAAGACGACCUGUCCGAAGAUGAGAUGUUUGCGAGAAACGCUCACUGUGUGACUGCGAUGAGUCCAUCCACGAGUAAGAACGGAAGCAACGGCGGUUGUGGCAUCCAGGAACUCGGCCUGGACCUUUCCAAGAAAAGUCCCUCAGGGAGCACGGCCACCGAAGAAGUGAGUCCCAGCAGCAUCCCGCAGGAAUCGCCUCAGUCUGCCUCGGAAUCCACAGCCAACAGUGCCUCGUUCGAAGAGAACGCCAACACGCAGAACCUCGCCGGCGGGGAGCCCAUGGAGUUGGGAGGAGGAGGAGAAUGUGAAGAGAGCCAACCUCCUCCGGACAUCGACCAGCGUAAAAGCUCCCGUCAGGUGGCGCGACAGAGGCGGCAGCCCAAAGGAGAAGGCAACAAAGGGGAAGAUGUCGAACGAGGAACUUUACCCAACGGCGUCGCCAAAAGAUUGAACGUGGCCGGAGAAAGACUCCCCGGUGGAGGAAACGGCAACUCGGAAAUAUCCUUCCAGUGUAAAGAGGAAGAGGAGGGCUUGGAGAACGGACAAGAACAGAGCGAAGACAGCGGACACAGCGAGAGCGAAGGCGGAAGGAACAGCGCCAAUUACGUUUACCGUCAGGAAGGCUUCGAGCCGGCACUCGGCGACAACCUGUACGUCUGCAUCCCCUGCGGCAAAGGCUUUCCGAGCUCGGAGGAGCUGAACGCUCACGUGGAGACUCACACGGAGGAAGAGCUAUACAUCAAAGAAGAGGACGACGAGUCCUAUCCAAAGGAAGAUGAAGUAGAGGCCGAAGAUUUGUCUUCGCAGAUCGGUCACGGCCACGGCACGGAGUCGCGACGAUUCAGCUGCUCGGUCUGCAACAAGAGCUACAAAGAUCCGGCCACUCUCCGGCAACACGAGAAGACCCACUGGCUCACACGUCCCUUCCCCUGCAACAUCUGCGGCAAGAUGUUCACUCAACGCGGCACAAUGACGCGCCACAUGCGCAGCCACCUAGGGCUGAAACCGUUCGCCUGCGAGGAGUGCGGCAUGCGCUUUACCCGCCAGUACCGGCUCACGGAGCACAUGCGGGUUCACUCGGGUGAAAAGCCGUACGAAUGUCAGCUCUGCGGGGGGAAAUUUACCCAGCAACGUAACCUCAUUAGUCACCUUCGAAUGCAUACCUCCCCGUCAUAAGCCAAAGACCCCAGGAGCGGCAGACCCUCAAGAAAGAGAGACAACGCACACCUCUUCCUUUAUAGUUUACUGCAGAGUUUGAAGUUUUAAAAACGUGAAGCUGGAUUCUCCUCUGCUUUUAAUGACAGGAGGAGCCAUUCAAACAAGGAUUCACGAAUAAACCAAUCGGUAUGAUUUUAUAGGCUUAAGAUUUCGUUUACUGUGAAUGUAAAACUGGCUACUAAUGCCGUUGUAUUAUCCAACCAGAUGUUAGGACUGCUUUCAACCGCUGCAGUCUAUGCAUUGGUUUGUUGACAUGUUCAGAAAUAUUCCUCCUUUGUUUUUCUUGGUCUUUUAAACUGGUAUAUGCUGGUAUGUGGAAAGUUUUAGGCUUUUAAUGACCAAUUUGUUUUCCAGAAGUAUUGCAAAUUCAAAAGGUUUAAAGUGUCUCUAAGGGUCUGAAGAUAGUGUUGUAAGACCAAGACUUGUCUGUGGUCUUUUUUGUGGUAUUUCAUAAAAGCUUUGUGCAUCCAACCAAACAUUUCCCAGUAUGCCUGCUCUGUAUCCAUUGGCUAAUUCUGGCUGUAGCUGGGUCGGGGUUUCCUACUGUAGUUUUGUACCAUAACCAAACCUUUCAUGAUUGUUGAUUAAUCAUAGCAGCGAGAACCAAUAGAAAUAUUGCAAAUGGAUGCGUUUAGCACAGGGCUACUACAAUUCGCCCCACCUACAUCUGGAUUUAAGCCAAUGGAAACAUGCUGAAGAGAGGCCAUGGGUGGUCUUUUGAGCUGUGUCGUUUACUCUGAAAGAAAAGCCAAACUUAAAGGUACUUGUUUUUAGAUUACUUUAGAUAA